UUGGUUUGUUUACACAUCAACCCCAACGGGUUAUUUAAUGCCGACUCUUCCACAUUCAUCUAUCUAUCUAUCUUUGUCUCAUUCAUCUAUCUAUCUAUCUAUCUAUCUAUCUAUCUAUCUAUCUAUCUAUCUAUCUAUCUCAGUACAUAUGGGUUUGGUUUGUUUGUUUUACGCACAUCAACCUCAAUGGGUUAUUUAAUGCCGACUCUUCUUAUCUAUCUAUCUAUCUUGCAUCUAUCUAUCAUCUAUCUAUCUAUCUAUCUAUCUAUCUAUCUAUCUAUCUAUCUAUCUCAGUACAUAUGGACUCUUCAUUCAUCUAUCUAUCUAUCUAUCUAUAUUCAUCUAUCUAUCUAUCUAUCUAUCUCACAUAUCAACCUCAAUGGGUUAUUUAAUACCGACUCAUCAUAUCUAUAUCUAUCUUUGUCUAUCUAUCUAUCUAUCUAUCUAUCUAUCUAUCUAUCUAUCUAUCUAUCAUCUCAUACAUAUGGGUUUGGUUUGGUUUGUUUACGGCAUAUCAACCUCAAUGGGUCAUUUAAUGCCGACUCUUUCUUAUCCAUCUAUCUAUCUUUUUGUCUAUCCAUCUAUCUAUCUAUCUAUCUAUCUAUCUAUCCAUCUAUCUAUCUAUCUAUCAGUACAUAUGGGUUUGGUUUUGUUUGUUUUACGGGCAUAUCAACCUCAAUGGGUUAUUUAAUGCCGACUCUUCAUAUCUAUCUAUCUAUCUUUGUCUCUAUCUAUCUAUCUAUCUAUCUAUCUAUCUAUCUAUCUAUCUAUCUAUCUCAGUACAUAUGGGUUUGGUUUGGUUUGUUUUACGGCAUAUCAACCUCAAUGGGUUAUUUAAUGCCGACUCUUCAUAUCUAUCAUCAUCUUUGUAUCUAUCUAUCCAUCUAUCUAUCUAUCUCAUCUAUCUAUCUAUCUCCAGACUUUUCAUAUCUAUCUAUCUAUCUUUUAUCUAUCCAUCUAUCUAUCUAUCUAUCUAUCUAUCUAUCUAUCUAUCCUAUCUCAGUACAUAUGGGUUUGGUUUGUUUUUUGCACGGCAUAUCAACCUCAAUGAUUUAUUUAAUGCCGACUCUUCAUAUCUAUCUAUCUAUCUUUGUCUCUAUCUAUCUAUCUAUCUAUCUAUCUAUCUAUCUAUCUAUCUAUCUAUCUCAGUACAUAUGGGUUUGGUUUGGUUUGUUUUACGGCAUAUCAACCUCAAUGGGUUAUUUAAUGCCGACUCUUCAUAUCUAUCUAUCUAUCUUUGUAUCUAUCUAUCUAUCUAUCUAUCUAUCUAUCUAUCUAUCUAUCUAUCUAUCUCAGUACAUAUGGGUUUGGUUUGGUUUGUUUUACGGCAUAUCAACCUCAAUGGGUUAUUUAAUGCCGACUCUUCAUCUAUCUAUCUAUCUUUGUCUCUAUCUAUCUAUCUAUCUAUCUAUCCAUCUAUCUAUCUAUCUAUCUCAGUACAUAUGGGUUUGGUUUGGUUUUGUUUCACGGCAUAUCAACCUCAAUGGGUUAUUUAAUGCCGACUCUUCAUAUCUACCAUCUAUCUUUGUCUCUAUCUAUCUAUCUAUCUAUCUAUCUAUCUAUCUAUCUAUCUAUCUAUCUAUCUAUCUCACAUAUCAACCCUCAAUGGGUUAUUUAAUGUUGACUCUUCAUAUCUAUCUAUCUAUCUAUCUUUGUCUCUAUCAUCCAUCUAUCUAUCUAUCUAUCUAUCUAUCUAUUCAUCUAUCUAUCUAUCUAUCUCAGUACAUAUGGGUUUGGUUUGGUUUUGUUUGA